AUGCAGACUCACCCUUUCGGUCAUCUUCGUGUGGCGAUCCUGGACUCCUUUCCUGGGGCGCGCCGUCCGUUACGCUUAGCUGGCACGAUCUCGCCUUCCCGACGUCACUGGUUCAGAUCGAUAAGAUUAAAGCGAUCCCAGCUCACUGUGAAGUGGCUCGAUGAUGUCGAUUGCCUGUCCCAAACACUGGAUCAUCAAACCAGCUCGACGAUGAUCUUCCUCCUGGAGCCGUGCCGUUCUCGUCGAAUCGCACUCAGCUGUCUAGCCGCUGCCCUUCAUACACUGUGCGAAGAUGGGCCGGUUGACGCCCACGUGGGUGAUGACGUUGAUGCCGGUGCUCCCACCGGUCUAGCGUUGGAUGCCAAAAUCCAGGAUUUCGGGUUCACCAUUCGAGCCGAAAAAUGUACCUUCGGCAAGAAACAGACACCAUAUCUGGGCUACAUUGUUGACCACCGAGGUCUGCGUUCAGAUCCAGCCGAAAUCAAGGCAAUAGUGCAGCUUCCGCCUCCCACUGACGUUCACGGUUCGAAGUUCCAGUGGACAACGGAGUGCCAGCAGACAUUCGAGCGUUUCAAGCAGAUUCUCACCACCAGAGCACUUACGAAGGCAGAGCAGAACUACAGUCAACCAGAUCGCGAAGGUCUAGCUAUCAUCUCUGCCCUCACCAAGUUUCACAAAAUGAUCUUCGGACGGCGCUUCUUGUUGCAGACUGACGCUCCUCUGCUCCGAAUCUUCGGGUCUAAGAAGGGCAUACCGGUGUACACGGCCAACCAGUUACAGCGCUUUGCCCUUACUCUACUGCUGUACGAUUUCACCAUCGAGUACGUUCCCACUGAUAAGUUCGGUAACACCGACGUGCUGUCCCGGUUGAUAAACCAACACGCGCGAUUAGAAGAAGACUACGCCAUCGCCAGCAUCAUUCUCGAGCAGGAUGUUAGGUCAGUAGCAGGUGAUACCGUAGAUGCGUUGCCUCUUACUUUCAGAAACGUCGCUCGAAGCACUCAAACUGACCCAGUCCUCCGGAAGGCCUACCGUUUUAUAACCGACGGUUGGCCUCAAACGAAAGCAAUCGAUUCGGAGCUAAAACGAUUCCAAGUCAGACAGGAAUCCCUCACUACCGUUGACGGAUGCAUACUGUUCGCUGAAUGGGUCGUCAUCCCAGCUCAGUAUCGCAAGCGUUGCUUAGAUCAGCUUCACAAUGGUCAUCAGUAUGGAGGCCAUCGCCAGGAGCUACGCCUAUGGGCCAUCAAUCGACGAAGACAUCGCCGGUUAUGUAGAAACCUGUCGGCACUGUGCAUCGGUUGCCAAGUCACCGCCUCACGCCCUCCCAGUGCCAUGACCGAAGGCAUCGGGCCCUUGGCAGCGUGUUCACGUAGACUUCGCCGGUCCCAUUGA